UCCUGGUGGAGAAUCAUGGCUGGAGCACCAACUUCCUCACCACGGCUUGGUUCUUGGAACAGUACCUGAAGGCGUCCAAGGCAGGGUCCUACGAACUGGACGAUGCCUCCUUUUACCUGGCUGACCUCGCAGACUUGGAUGUACAACCUGCUGUGCCCACCGACAUUUUUCUUGAGGAGAGGCACGAGACCCAUGUCCCCUCCAUGGUCAUCGGUUGCAGCUUUUGGCACAGUCAACAAGCUGCAAAGAGCAGCAUGAACAAAAUGAACCGGAAAAGAUGUCCAGCCACCAGCAAGCUGACGACUGCGCCACUUCACCAUGCUGUGCCACGGCGCCAAAUUGUGUGCCAACGCCAAGCUGUGCCACGACGCCAAGCCACAUCGCUGAUGCACCAGAUGAGCCUCCGAGAUUUUGCUCAACGCUUUCCACCAACCAGAACCAAAUGUCUGACGACGACCCGUCGCUGCCAAUGCCGACUAACGACCUGGACAAGCAAGCCAGGCAAGCACGGGGUCCUUUUCAGCCUCAUCUGGGCAGCUAUGCCCAAACAGAAACGAAUAAUCGAAAGCGCAGCUUUUGUGAACACUGGUUUGCAAAGUUCAGCUGGCUUGGAUACAGUCCAGCAAAAGAUGCAGCCUUUUGCUUUUGCUGUCGGGCGUUUCAGCCGGGCAGUGGUAUAUCCAAAGCACAUCUAGACCCAUCCUUUGUUUCAACUGGGUUUCGAACUUGGAAGAAAGCGAUAGAAAGGUUUAAUCAGCAUGAAAGGUCUGAGGGCCAUCUUAACAGUGUUGUGUCAUGGAAUUGCUCCAAAGCAA